AUGUUAAUUUAUUCCUUUAAUUACUUGUGCGACGAUUUUGUGCUGAAUGACAACGCGCCCGGGGAUAUCAAACUGUUACGCAUGGCCUUGGAUGCUGUGACGGAACAAAAUUUUGCGGAAUUGUCCAAACAGAAACGAGGUCGCCGUAUUCUACGCUAUCAUAUGCGUGAUUGUAAACGCGUGACUCGUCGUUUGUUAAAAGCGGAUGACAUUCAAACCGCCGUUGUACGUCAUCGACAUACCGCCUCGUUUGCCAAUUUCAUCCUCAGUCAUUCACCGUCCGAGGUGCUACCGCAUUCGCGUAAACGUCGCAUGCUAAAGAGCACGGAUUCCGAGACAAGUGAGCCCCCGGUCAAACGGCUCAGCCUCUGUCCCUGUCCUCCCUUGGAUUCAGCAACUACUGUACAUACCACAUCUCGAAGUGGUACUAAAACAGUUCCGGUCCGUAGUAGUUCCCCCUUGACUUCAACUGAUUCGUUCGGAUGUACACUUGUUUCGUGUGCUGCUUCUCCGCAUGAAUCGCCCGUCCCAUCCUCAACUAUUCGUCCGGAACUAAAGACGAAGGACGAAUCAGUGUCUGUUCACGAUGUUGGUGCUAGUGGUGGAUUAAAUGGUGGCCGUUGUGCUGUGGCUCGGGUUGAGGACACACAGACUGUCUUCACUCUAUCUUCCGCAAAUCCCACCGAAGAAACCGCCGUCCCUAAUCGGUCCUUGUAUGAGGAAUUGUAUGGCAUGUUUCGUACUCUUUGGUCUGGACAGCGUACAGUGGUCAGUCCGAGUAGUUUGCUCUAUGCCAUCUGGACUGCAUUGCCCACAUUCAAAGGAUACCGCCAACAAGAUGCCCAAGAGUUUCUUAGUGUCUUCCUGGAUCGUUUACAAUCAGAACUACACGGGGACAAUCGUACAGUCUCGGUUAAUUCACGUGACUUCGUGAAUCGGACUUUUCAAGGUCAUUGUGUGAGCCACGUGCGUUGUUCCGUAUGCAAUGUGGUUACUUGUACGGAGGAACCUUUCUCGGAGCUGAGUCUUGCCCUCCCAUUGGCCUGUUACACAGGUGAUGCAACGGAAUGUGCACUAACCGAUUUGUUGCAAAAAUUCUUUAGUCCUACUCCGAUCGAUGGGACUAGCUAUGCGUGUCAUCAGUGUAAUCGAAAACUGGGCACCGCUGUUCAACCGACCCAAUCUCCGUCGAGUUUGAAUUUACGGGAUUCGCUUGAUUCAUGCCUGAGCAACUUGAAGCCGUCCACUCCUUUUCACAUGGAAAAGUUAGUCUCGGUCACUCUGUCUCGAUUGAAUUCACCACCCGCGGAGGCUCAACCGUUCUCCAACUAUGGGAUGAAAGCGCGUCAUUAUCCAGCUGCCGCAGCAGAGGCCGUUUCGACCAAUUCCACAUCUACCUCAUCCUCCUCGUCCAGCACGUCAUUCUCCCCGCUCCGAUCUUCUUCACCGAGCUUAUCAUCGAGCGUGGACGAUUUGGACGAACUGCCUGCCGCUUCAGCUUCGGAACCACCGUUGGCUGCUUCAUUAUCAUUGAAUUGUGUCAGUUCCACUCCGCGAACAGCCACGGUGUCUGCAGUCCCAAGCACAACUGUACCACAGACGCCCACCGCCCCAACUAGUACCGUGCCAGUCGCAUUCACACUGCCUGAUCCGGAGACCGAACAAACUCCUCAAUUAACCUCGGCCACUCAAACGAUACGGUUAACACGACUCCCACGUGUGCUUCGACUGCAUAUCAAACGAUUCAGGUAUGUUUUAAUGUCGCUAUCCUCUAGGCUUGAGCCCCGAACGUCCCAAUUCAUUAUGUUCGUGAUUCUGGGGUAUACUAUUUACCAUGCUAUCGAUUUUUUUUACCAAUAUCUCUGCGGUCACGCGACUCAUACGCUUACUUCCGUAAACUCGAAAUGCAUUUCCUGGGAUGGGGUUUAA